UGUGGGGACGUCAUAGGCCCCCAUACGAGGGAGAAACCCGUUUUGUUCCUUGGCCCUUUGUCUGUUGCUUGCACUGACUCACAAUACAAGCUCGUCUCGUCUGGACACACCACCUCUCUCUCUCUCUCUCUCUCUCUCUCUCUCAUACACUUACUUCACCUCCAGAGGUGAUGUGUUAGAAGCUCGGAACAUCUGCAGAAGGAGCGAUUCCGAGAGACUGGAAAACGGCUUUCGGCCCCGAGUGUGAACGAGGACAUUUGUGCCCAUCGGUGCACGAGAGGUCGAGGAGGAGGAACGCAUCAGGUGAGGAGGCUUAUUGGUCGGUGGUAGGUCUGAUCGAGACAGUCCCUCGGGGGAAGGGAUUUGUGAGUCUUCAAAAUUCGGAUGAUGAGGAGGACGUCUGAAGGGUGUACGUCGAUCUCACUGUCCUAUCCAAUCUUUGGAGGGGGUUGGGUAAAUGGUGCUGAAUCGAUCCGAAGGACAAUGCAGAUGCAUUUCCAUGGGAUUUGGUAGUCUUUCGAGCUCGCGAGGAGCGAACUGGUGAUUGAGCCUUUUCGUUGGGAGAAUUUGUCAGGGCGUUGGAGGGCGAGCAGAGCGUCAGGUUUUUGGGAACGAGGCUCGGGCCGAUUGUAGAGCUAAGAUGAUGGAUGGAGAGACUGCAUCCAAUGGAAUUACACCGGCUUCCACGCCCGGUCCUUCUCCUGCCUUGCGCCUGAAUGACCAUCCGUCGGAGUCGGUGAAGUUGGAACACCAACUCGUGAGGGUGCCGUAUGAGCACCUCAAAAAGUCCAUGCGUGCUACCACUCGUCUUGUGGAGAAGGAAGUGAGUGCCGUCGUUGCCGGCGUUGCUGAAGCGGUGGACAAGGAAAUGUCGAAAGAAGAGGCAGUUCAGCAUCUGACAUCACUAGUUUCUCGUUUGCAGGGCCUCAAACGCAAGUUAGAUGAGAGUAACAAGAACGAGCAAGGACAAGUUCAGCGUUGUCGAGCACGUCUGGACCACCUAAGUAUUCUGAGAUUUGGCUCCAAGGAAGCCCAAUUAAAGUGGAAUCAUACCCGUGUGGAGCGUAUUUUGGUUGACUAUAUGCUGCGUUCAUCCUACUAUGACACCGCAGUGAAGCUUGCAGAAUCGGCCAACAUACAGGACCUUGCAGACAUUGACAUUUUCUUGGACGCGAGAAAGGUUUUUGAGGCCCUUGAGAACAGAGAUUGUACAGAGGCUCUUGCCUGGUGUGCUGAAAAUAAGUCAAAAUUGAAGAAGGCAAAGAGUAAGUUCGAGUUCAAGUUGAGGCUUCAAGAGUUCAUUGAAUUAGUGCGCUCUGAGAAGAUGAUGGAGGCCAUUAUGUAUGCUCGUAAACAUCUCGCCCCGUGGGGAAGUACCAAUAUGAAAGAGCUGCAGCAGGCUAUGGCCACUCUUGCCUUCAAGAGUAAUACCGACUGUGCCAGCUAUAAGAAAGCUGAAGAGGGAGGCGGCAGUGGGCACUUCUUGUCAUGUCAAUUGCAGAGUGCAAGUAUGGAUGACAUUAGGAUAUUAUUUGAUGUAAAGCAAUGGGACAAUCUCGUUCAGCAAUUCACACAGGAGUUUUACAAGUUGUACGGCAUGACGAUGGAGCCACUUCUCAACAUCCACCUGCAGGCCGGGUUGUCUGCCCUGAAAACGCCGUCUUGUUACGAAGAAGGAUGCACAAAAGAAGAUCCUUUGUUGCAGGAGAGUUUCAGGCAGCUCGCAGAACCGUUGCCGUUCUCAAAGCACGUACACUCGAAGCUUGUUUGCUUCAUCUCAAAAGAGCUCAUGAACGAAGAUAACCCUCCGUUAGUUCUACCCAAUGGUUAUGUAUAUAGCAGAAAGGCCAUGGAGGAGAUGGCCAAGAACAACCAGGGCAGAAUUACAUGUCCGAGAACAGGACAUAGCUGCAAUUUCGUUGAGCUAUCCAAGGCUUAUAUAUCUUGAGUAAUCCUAUACUUGUGUAGAGUGUUUUCACACCAGAUGGUAUGGGGAUCUGUAAGUCGAUUCACAUCUGGAAGUGUUGAUAGAUGGUGUUGUAUAACAUUGUACAGAUUGCACCCUUAGUUUAGCAUGUAGCUAAGUGUAGGACUACCGACUCCAACCAUGAACAUCGAGAGACAGCAGAAGUACCAGCUUUCUGUUGCUUCAUUUCAAAAGUUGAAGUUCAAACACAAAUUUUGUAAUUGAUAAAUCUGUCUACUCGAACCCGUGUAUAAGGUCAUGAAGUGGCAUUCUUAUUUCUAAGGAGGGAGGGAGCUCGAGAAUAAAGUUCUGGCUUCCCCAGUCAAAUUGCAUCCACUCUGUGGAUCAAAUUAC